AAUCAAAUGACUAGUGAAUUGAUUAACCGAUUAUAUUUACCAAUAAAAUCUAUUCGUUAAUUUGACUAUCAUUUUAUACAUAAACUAUAUCCAAUCAUCAAUUUAGGAAAAUAGAUUUUAACUCUUUGACCAAUCAUGGAAACUAUGCCAAAAGAAAUCAGACCUAAAUUUUAGUUGUCCCUUAGAUGAUGAACACGCUUAGGUAUGUACGUCCGUAAGGUGUGUCACUCCGUUACAGAUCCACAUAUAUAUAUCCAUCUAUCUAUCUUAUAUCUGUGGGAAAUACAAGCAUUGGCUUUUAUUAGAUGUACAUAUAGAGUCAACUAUUAUAGAUUCUAUUUACCAGAUCUAUAUCUACAUUUAGGCAUAAUGUUUAUAAACAAAACAGUAAACUCAGUAUUAUUAGGAUACAUAUAUCCCUAUAUCUAUAUAGAAUGUUUUACUUCAAAAUGGAUAGAUAUAACACAUUAUAACUGAUAAACUAUCGACAAUAUCCUCCUCAUCAUCAUCAUCAGUAUUAUUCUUGUUUCUACAUAGAUGUAAAUAGAUCUUUUCUUUUUUUCAUUUUCUUUUUGAGGGGGGCGGGGUUGGUGAAUGUAACUUUUUUUCUUUUCUUAAAUGAUUCCAUCAUCGAAUUGAAAAAAAAACAAAAUGAGUAUGAUCCAACAUUUUCAUAAAAGAUCCGAUUUGAUUAGGAUCAUUCUAUCGAUUAUAAUGAUUUGGUGUAUGAUUAUGUUAAUGGAUUUAUCCAAUGGUCAUUUACUGAUAAAAGAAGAAAAAAUUUUACGGAAAUUAGUCAAUUUGAUUCAUGCCACAACAACAAAUGAUUUCAAUCUAUGUACAACUCAUUCACGUCAAUUACAAUAUUCUUAUCUACUACUUAUAAUACUACUACUACUACUGCUACUACUACUCAUUAUAAUGAUAUUCCAUCAGCAGCAGGAGCAGGAACAGGAGCGUCGUCAGCAUCAUCAGCAGAAGGAUCAGGAUCAUCAACAAUGAUUAAUUUAAAUGAAACAUUCUAUCCAAUAUUUCAUCAUUUAAUCACACAAAACUCUUUAACACAAAAUUUCUUACAUGAUAUAUAUAGAUCUAUACAGAUUAUGAGAAAUUUCAAUCGUUGGCAUAGCAACAACCACUACCACGACAACUACAAGCACAACAACCCCAACAAUCAUGAUACCAGGAAACAAUUAGAAGUCUAUUUACUUCAUUUAUUACAAUUAAAUCAACCAAUUGAAUUUUAUAAUAUGAAAUUAUUCAAUAAUUUCAUCACUAUGAAUGAUGAUUAUAAUGAUCAAAAUCCAAUUUAAUUGGUAUUGGUUAUUGUUUCAAUGGGAUAUUAAUGGCUUAUGUCAAUAAUUAUACUACUACUACUACUACUACUAAUAGUAGUAUUAGUAGUAGUACUAGUGAUUCCUCUGAUCGUAAUUCUAUAUGUAGUCAAUUUGUAUUGAAUGUACAAUUAUUUGAUAAUAAUAAUGAGACUAUACGGUUUAAUGAUUAUGAAUAUGGAGAAUUUUCAUCCAUUUGGGCACCAAUUCAAUGUGAAUCUAAUUCAAUCAAACCAAUAGUUUUACGAUAUUUUAUUUAUACAAAAGAAAAAAGUUUAUUUUUCGAAUUUGAUUUGAAGGAUUAUACUAUUGAUCAAUGUGCUUUGAAUAUAAAUCGAUGUGGCGCAACAACUCGAUGUGUAUACAAAAAAUAUCAUCCAUAUGCAUUCAGUAUGGACAAUUAUAUGUGUGAAUGUUCUCCAGGUUAUUAUACUGACAAUAUAGAAAAUGGUUAUCCAGCUCCAUUAAUUGAAUCAAAACUUCAAACAGCUUUAUUGAAUGAUGAAUCGGAAUUACCAAGAUUUUAUUGUCGUGCAUGUCCAACUGGUUGUUUGAAUUGUAAAUCUAAUAAAUUAUGUCGUGUACAACUAGACUAUAAUUUACUCAGAGCAAUUCCAUUAGCUUUUCAAACUUUUUGUAUUACAAUAUGUUUGUUGAUUGGGAUAGCUAUGUUUAAAUUACGUAGAGCCCGAGUAAUUAAAAGUGCUAAUCUUGUACUUAUGGAAAUUAUGCUUGUAGGCGCGAUUCUCUUAUAUUCAACCAUUGUUGUAAUGUAUUUUCCUGUCAUUGGUUUUUCAGUUAUGUAUGGUGUAUUAAUCGUAAAAAUCUAUAGGGUUCUAUCUGGUUUUCAAUCACGUAAAGCUCAUCGGGUUCAUGUACGUGAUAAAGAUAUAUUAAAGUAUUUAGGACUGUUUAUCAUAUUAACAUUCACUUAUAUGAUUGCAUGGACAGCAAUUAAUUUAGAUUAUAUUAGUAAUCGUUCAUGGAUUCAAGAUGAUCAUUCAAUAAUCAAUAAUAAUCGUCAAUUGAAUAGACCAAUUAUUAGUAUGAAACAAGAAGGUUAUAUUAAAAUUAAAAAAAUCAAUAAUCAUAGUUAUUUGGAUCAUCAUAAUAAUAAUGUAACUAAUAAUAUUCAACAAAAUAAAUUCUUCAAUGAUUCAGGAGAGGAAAUGAUCACUUUCGAAGUUUGUCGUGCAAUGUCAUGGGAUGUUGUAGUUGAAUUAGCUGAAUUCAUUAUCUUAGCUAUCAGUAUACAUUAUUGUCGUCUUGUACGAACAGCACCAUCUGAAUACAAUGAAACACAGUAUAUUGGUGUGGCUUUAAUUAUUGAAAUGACAGUAUCUGGAUUUCUAUAUUUAUUAAGACAUUUCAUAUGGUACAUGAAUCUUUUAUUGAUUUUUGUACCAAAGGUAACCUUUUUAUGUCGUUCAUCAAAAUCAUUAUGUAAUACUACUCGUCCACGUGGUUCACCUGGAGCUCCUUAUCCUGGUGAUCCACAUUUACCUAGUGGUGGAAAAUUGAAUUUAGUAUCAAAUGGUGAUCUAGAUAUUGCUGAUGUGAACUUAGCUGAUAUGGAUCCUGAAGUAAUAAGGCGUGAACUAAAACGUCUUUAUACACAAAUUGAAUUGUAUAAAACCAAAGCAAUGCGAAAAGAUAAUCCACAUAUAAGUAAACGUAGAGGGGGACGAAAACAACGCCGAUUCUCACUACAACCAUUUCAUAAACGACAUCAUGGACAAGCUUCAUCUAGUAUAAGUGGUAAUGUUAUGCCAAAUGAUACAGGAUGUUGUUGUACAGAAUGUCAAUCAUCAAAAUUUACUAUACGAUUAUGUCCACAUUCUUGUAGUCGUCAUUUAAUUCAUAGUAGUAGUAGUAGUAGUACAAGUCAUAAACAAUCACCAAAUGAUAAUAAUAUAAUAAUGGUGGUAAUAGUGGAAUAA